CCCGCGUCUUGGGCUUCGAGUGGAGUCACUUUCUAUUUUGCGCAAAGGAAAGUAAGUGUCCAUCAUCCAAAGCCCUCUCCUAUGUCGGAUGUUUCGGUUUCCCUAUCUUGUAGCACCUAGCAAACUAUCUCCGACUGAGUUCCAUUGUUUAUGUUGAUGAAUGCGAGUGAGGACUUCGGUUGAUCACUUGUUGAGCAUUAGGAUAACUCACACUGAACAUUACUGCCAUUCUCAAAAUAGGCUUGCCUUCCUUUCUUCGUCAAGAGGUUCAAUUUCAUGGAUGAUAGUCCUUCAAAAUUAAAGAUCAUCCCUGAUCACUUUCAAAUUCCAACAUCAAGUAUAGAAUCUCCAGAGAGCAGAACAUCAUCUAUUACAGAACCUGCAACUGAUCAAUCUUCGCGGUCCUUGCACCAUCAGCGGACUCGAAGAAAAUUAAGGACAGCUUUCAUGUUGAACUUGUUUACUCUACGAGGGCUGCCAUGGGGGUCCAGUAGUGGAGGUCAGGAAAAGGUUGAGCUAACAGUUGCAGAACUAGAGUCACUUCGAUCAGAGCUUGCUGAUAUAGAGGAGAGGGAAGCUCACUUGAAAGCUCAGUUGGAACAUGUUGAUGAAGUUUUGCGGUCCGCUCGCCUAUCUGGUUAUUUAUACAUUCGAACUAGAUGGGCAGCACUACCGGGAGAACCUCCACCUAUAGAUGAUACUGAAGUAGAUGAUUGGCUUCCUCGUUUUGUUGUUCUCCAUGGAGAAUGUAUAUUUUUAUAUUUGUUAUGUACAGAUCUAAGCCCCCAGGACUCGACCCUUCUAUCUGAUAUCGUUGAAGUAGGGAAAUUACCGUGUUUAAAGCGAGAAGAUAAUGAAAUUCAACAUGCCUUCUAUAUUUUAACGCGUCAUGGAUUACGCUAUGAGUGCUCAAGCAGUUCGAAGAUACAGGUGGACUCAUGGUUAUCAGCAUUACAGAGUGACUGCAAAUUGGAAUCUGAUACAUCAGUUUGCAAAUCUGCUUCCAGAGCUGCAAGGUCCCUUCUCUCUGCUUCUAAGGCUUCUCGUUUUCACCAUCAAGGACGUGCGGUGGGGGCUGCUGCGGCUGUUUCAUUCAGCAGCAAAGUGCCUUUUUUGGCUUCAAAUUAUGGGAGAGGCGGUUCUGAAAGUGGAUCCAAAUCGUGGAUUUCAGGGGCUCUUGCUCUUCCUGCUGCAGCUUACUUGUUCCAAGAUCAGGAGGUGCAUGCAGCUGAGCUGGAGCGCACUUUCAUUGCCAUUAAGCCUGAUGGAGUGCAGAGAGGGCUGAUUUCUGAGAUUAUAUCUCGUUUUGAGAGGAAAGGAUAUAAACUUGUGGGAAUUAAAGUAGUGAUUCCAUCAAAGGAAUUUGCCCAACAGCAUUAUCAUGACCUGAAGGAAAGACCCUUCUUCAAUGGGCUGUGUGAAUUCCUAAGCUCUGGCCCUGUUGUUGCAAUGGUGUGGGAAGGAGAAGGAGUUAUUUCCUAUGGCAGAAAACUAAUCGGUGCCACUGAUCCACAGAAAUCAGAACCUGGAACCAUUAGGGGUGACCUAGCUGUUGUUGUUGGAAGAAAUAUCAUCCAUGGGAGUGAUGGUCCACAGACUGCAAAGGAUGAGAUAAAGUUGUGGUUUAAGCCAGAGGAGUUGAUUAGUUUCACAAGCAAUGCAGAGAAGUGGAUUUAUGGUGCCAAUUGAUUCUUUCCCUCAUCCCUUGGCUUUUCUACAAGCUCAGUGAGUUUUUUUUGGAAUAAAUCACUUGUAAGUCAGUAAACGGCAAUACUGAACUCUAGAAGCCUCAAAUAAGCGCGAUUGAGAAUAGUACACUACACUAGAUACAUUUCACUCUAAUAGGAAUUCCAUUAUUUUAUUAGUCUGGUGAAGACAACCUGUGACAUGAUUUUGUUAGAUGAUUAUGCCUUUUAAGUCAAAAUUGGUCAACUGUCUUUUUUAAAAGAAAUAAGGAUCAUUCCUUCGUCUUGUAAAAAGAAAACAAAAUUGAUAAUUUAAAAUAAAUGUAUUGGUAUGAGUUGGCAG